AUGGGUAAACUUGAUGGAAAAAUCGCUCUUAUUACCGGUGGUUCUGAAGGUAUUGGUUUGGCGAUUGCACAACGAUUUAUUGUUGAAGGUGCAGAACAUGUUUUCAUUACUGGACGUCGACAAGAGAUGCUUGACGAAGCUGUAAAAAGGAUCGAUACUGCAAAUGUAACAGGAGUUCAAGGCGAUGUGUCAAAUAUGGAAGAUCUUGAUAAACUAUACCAUGUCAUUCAGAAAGAAAAAAAACGGUUGGAUAUCGUUGUUGCUAAUGCAGGUAUUAGUUUAGUUGCACCACUUGAAUUAAUUACUGAAAAACAAUUCGAUGAUACAUUCGACAUCAAUGUAAAAGGAGUAUUGUUUACCGUACAAAAAGCUUUACCAAUAUUAGUUGAUGGCGCAUCAAUCAUACUUAUUGGUUCUGUCUCUUCUAUUAAAGGUCAUCCAUCGGCAAGUGUCUACAGUGCAUCAAAGGCAGCUAUUCGUUCUUUUGCUCGAUGUUGGUCAGUUGAUUUAAAACAACGGAACAUCCGCGUUAAUACUUUAAGUCCUGGAACUAUCAAAACUGGAAUGCUUAAAUAUGUGGCUAGUAGUGAAUCGAUAAAAACAACUUUCAUCAAAGAUCUAAUAGCUACUGUACCUAUGAAUCGAUUUGGUACUCCCGAUGAAGUUGCUACAGCUGCAGUUUUUCUUGCUUCAGAUGAUAGCAGUUAUAUUACAGGCAUUGAACUUUUUAUGGAUGGAGGAAGAGGACAAAUCUAA